CAUCUCUGAUAUAUCUACCACUUCUGGGCUUUAGAGCUUCCUCGCCAGAGUUCAGUGGUCAAAAUAUUAAUCCAUAGAGCUCGGAAGCACUCGGAAGUCUUCGGAAAUGCAACAGCGCCUCCUGCGUAACGUUUUAAUAUCUUAUAGUACAGAAGAUAUUACAGCACAAAGUAGAAGAGUACGGUGUAUUGGGUAGAUGUAAAUUACAAAGUGCUCAAUUGCUGUGCACUAGUUAGGGGAUGAAUAAUCAAAGUUUUCAUGUAGUAUUGUGACACUUAUGACUAUGGCUAUCUCGCAUAGUUUUAUGGGAGAUAUCGUUCAUCUUAAUGUUGGCGGCACAAGGUUUUCUACAUCCAGACAAACCUUGUCAUGGAUACCAGAUUCUUUCUUCACAGCUCUGUUGAGUAACCGCAUCACCAGUCGAAGAGAUGAAAAUGGUGCAUUGUUCAUAGACAGGGAUCCAAAGAUCUUUUCUGUGAUAUUGAAUUAUCUACGUACCAGAGAUAUAGAUUUAAAAAGUAUAGAUAUUAGGACUUUGAGACAUGAGGCUGAAUAUUAUGGGAUUACUCCUUUAGUUAAACGGUUAAUGCUAUGUGAAGAUUUGUCACAAUCAUCCUGUGGUGAUGUUUUAUUUUAUGGCUAUUUGCCACCACCAUGUAUGCCAUUACAAGAACCAACUAGUGUGAAUUCUAGCAAUAACGAUAUUUCGGUUCAUGGCAGACUUACAGGUUCUAAUUCAACACCUAGAGUAGAAAUUGCGACAGCAUCCCAAUCUAUUGUUUUACCAUCUACCUCUUCCAAUCAAACUACUAGUAAUAAUGGGCAACCACAUCAGAAAGCAUCUUUGACUGCACAUACUCGAAACUCUUCAUUAGAUUAUCGGGUAUCACAACGUGGAUUACCACAUUCACGUACGCCAUCACUGGAUCUAAGGCAUGCCAGAAACAGUUCGGCAGAUUUAAAUAAACUUUUUAAGAACGAUGUGGGCCUAAUAUUUGGUCCUCAGCAAGUUUCAGCAUGGGUAGAUCCUUUAAGAGUUCAAAUAAUAAAGGCACAUCACAAUUGGAUAGUGAUAGCCUAUGCUCACUUUAUAACAUGCUAUAGAUUAAAGGAUUCGUCUGGAUGGCAGCACGCAUUUACGAGUCCGCAUAUAGAGUCUAUAAUUGAACGUGUAGCAAUAAAUGCAAAAAUGGGUAGUGGUACUGAUGGUAAAAUGGUUGCUAUUUCUUAUGGUAGUCAAGUACGUUUGUGGAGCGUUUCCGAAGAUGGGAUUAAAACAAAUAUCGGGACGUUUAAUUUAAACGUUCGCGUCGAGUAUUUAUUUUUCAUUGGCAGCCAGUUGGUUGCUUUGUCGCCAACUGGAAAAAUUGGGGUGUGGCAUGCGAUGACUCAUCACUGGCAAAUACAAGAUGUAGUACCAAUUUCAUCCUUUGACACUGCUGGUUCCUUUUUACUAUUGGGAUGUAACAAUGGAUCUAUCUACUAUAUUGACAUGCAGAAGUUUCCUUUAAGAAUGAAGGACAAUGAUUUACUUGUAACUGAAUUGUAUCGCGACCCAAGUCACGACCCGAUCACGGCUAUAUCAGUUUAUCUAACACCAAAAACAAAAGAUUUCCUAUGCCUUAUCACAGGUUUGUGUGGGAAUUGGAUCGAAAUAGCGUAUGGCACAAAAUCAGGCAGUGUGCGGGUUAUCGUACAACAUCCAGAAACUGUUGGACAUGCGCCACAGCUCUUUCAAACAUUUACAGUACACCAGAGCAGUGUAACAAAAGUAACACUAUCGGAAAAAUACUUGGUAUCCGUAUGCUCAGAAUAUAAUCACGUAAGGAGCUGGACUGUAACAAGAUUUCGUGGAAUGAUCUCCACACAACCUGGUUCAACUCCUGAAGCUAGUUUUAAAAUCGUCUCUUUGGAUGCUGUAGAGCCCUGUGUCAGCUACAGUGCUGGCAAUGAUUUUGGACCAUUUGGUGAACAAGACGACGAGCAGGUUUUUGUACAAAAAGUUGUACCCGAGACUGAUCAAUUAUUUGUACGACUAGCAUCCAAUGGCGAACGAGUAUGUGUAAUUCAGUCAGUCGAUGGAAGUGUUAUUAGUUCUUUCUGUGUUCAUGAGUGUGAAGGAUCAAGUCGUAUGGGUUCAAGGCCUAGAAGAUUUAUAUUUACUGGACAUUCCAAUGGAGCUGUACAAAUGUGGGAUCUGACUACAGCAUUGGAUCUUAUCAUUAAAGGAGAAAAGGCGAAGGAAGUAACCGGUGGACCAACACCAGAAGAAUUAUGGAAACUGCUUGAUCAGUGUGAUCUAAGUAACAGUCAUUGUUCCACUCCUUGCAUAAGUCCAUGCCCCUCACUUGUAGCAACAAACCCGAGAAUAAAGGCAAGCAAUGUUCUCUUUCUUAAUCAAUCUCAAAAUUUAGAGUCUGCUCCAGGACCAAGUCAAUCAUAGGAUAUUAAUAAUUUCUUCGCAUCCAUAUGUAUAAUUGUGGUUUACCUCUAGCCUGAUUACAAUUUAAUAUUGUCACUAUUACAUCUUUCAUAAAUCAUUAAUACCUUUAGAAUUUAAGAUAGAGUUCCUAAAACAUUUUUAAUUAAACACAAACAAUUUUUAUAUAAUGUGCAAAUAUAGUCUCUUCCAACGAAUAUCGACGAUGUAAGAAUAAGUUUUAAUUAAUGAUUGAAAAAUAUAAGUGAUGAAUUUUGAGCGUGUAAGAUCAAUUUUCAAUAUAGUCUGAACUGCGAAAUUAGGUUUGCAAUAAGGUUCAAUUAUUGACAUAUACAUACUUGUUUCGAUGAAUUGACAUUAAUAUUUUGUUCAUCGAUAUUAACAAUCCACCCCAUCAACUUCCCUUAAUUUCGAAUAAGAAAUGACAGUCGUAGUAAGAAAAAUGUCUCGUAAAAAGAAAAAUGUUCAAUGUCUUUAUAGAAUGUCUAAGAUUACGAUAAUCUUGCCGCGAAUGUAUCGCUCUGUAUUAAAGUGAAAAAGCUUAACUUUAAGCACAAUUCACAAUUAGCAGGCUAGCAGCAAGUUAGACUUUAGAUACUCUGUCGUUCAAGAGAAGCAAGUAAAGCAGCAAGACUACUCUGAGAUAUAAGUAGUUAUAUAUUUUUGUUACGUUUGUGCCAGAUAUAAAUAUUUAAAAUAAAGUAUUGUAACACUGUUGUAAU